AUGGAAACAAGGGACCAUGCAAGCUACCCCGUCAGCAACACGGGCGACAUACUGGGUCUGCUGAAACUGGAAAACGAGUUAGUCGAGUAUCAACCUACCUAUGAUGACAUCAGCAGGAGAUCCGAGUUGCUGGCCGAAGACCAGUUCCUGAGCGAUGAGGACAAGCAAGCUCUGAAUGAAGAUAUGGAGGACGUCAAAACACGAUGGGACAACGUGGCCAACGUUAAAGAACAGAAAAUGAAAAGGGUGGAAAACAGAAUUAGUCAAAAGGAAAAGAGAAAACUAAACGAUUUGAUUGACUGUCGAGCUGAUAUCAAGAACCUGAAUGACUGGAUUACUAACAAGAAUAACCAGUUUGACAGGUUAAGCCCAGUAGCCGAUGACUUACCAACCCUCUUGAAACAACGAGACGAACUCAAGGAUUUCUCAAAAGAUAUCGCAGAUCACGACCCUAAAUUCACCGAAUGCAUCCAAUCAGCUCACAAGCUAUCCAAAGACCCCGCCCUGUCGAAGGACGAAAGUGACGUCAUCCAAAAAGAUGCUGAAAAAUGCGAAGAAAGAUGGGAUGGGCUCAACGAGAAAGUACGACAACGUGUAGAAAGUAUUGUCGAACAAUUGCCUCCACUGCAAAGGAAGCAAAAGGAACUUCUUGGCGACUGGGACGACAAGCUCGACAGGUUUAAAAAAUCCAUAAAGAAAUCCUACAAUAACCUCGAUGAACAGCGAGCGAAGUGGCCCUUGAAGGAGGAUAAGCUUGUUUCGUCGGUUGACUUGACAGACGAAUUGAUUGAAAGAGUUGAUCAAAACGAAACUGUUGAAUGGAGACCAACUGUAGAUACGUCCAAUGAACAACUUGCUAAAAUACGCGUUAAGUUACAGAGGAUCCAGCGAGACAAGAAGAACCGCAAAUGGUCUUUCAUCGAAGCGAUCAAAGGAGUAUUUGGCUUUGGGCGCAAACCAAAGAAAACAGGCAUAAAUCUUGACAGCCUGAUUAUCCAAUUUGAAGAACACGAGGAUCUAAUGCAAGAGGUGUCGUCACUUCAACGACCAGCCAAUGAGAUCGUUGAUUCUUGUAACACAAUCACCGCCAGUCGUGACGUAGAAGAGCAGAACAUCAUGAAGGUGGAUGGAGAGAUGCGCGCUGUGAAUGCGCAGUGGAAUACACUGAACUUUAAAGUUAUUGAAAGGGAAAAUAGGUAA